AUGGACUACUUCUCCAAGUUCCUUCGUUCGUCCAGUCAACCAAGUCCCAAAGUCGAGGUCGACCAUGCCCAAGAGUUCCAUAAGUCAUGGACACUCAUCAAGAAUACAUUGUCACAUCCUGACGAACGGCAACUCUCGAGAGGUAUCCAGUCCACCGACGUUCCGGCGCAUCUGCAGUCAAUAGUAGACUCUCUCGUAUGGGAGUCGACGCGAACCGAGGAAGGAGGUACAGGUGCCUGCCUGGAAUACUUGCUCAAGAACGAUGUCUUGGGAACUCUUGUCAAGCUAAGCGAAGCAGACCGCCCAUUUGGCACGCAAGCGGAGGUCCUAAGAGCGGUCCAGAACAUGGUUGUCCUCCUGGACGAGCAAUUUCUCGUACAUUCGGCCGUUCACAAGGCCGUGCUGAGAUUGCUGAGGAACUGCGUGGGCGACGACAUCCAGGAGCAGCUUGAUGGGCGCAACAAGGUCAUGGGUGCUGCGGGUACCACCGUUCGCAGCCAGCCUUCCGAGUACGAGGAAGACCUGGUUAAUCUACUAUGCAUCUUGUGCAGCAGAAUUCGGACAUACCGGGAACUGCUCAUGAUCUUCUUUCACGACAAGCACUGGUAUCGACCAGAGCCUCUAUUCGCUGUAGAAGAGGAGGAUGAAGAUGAGGAGGACGAGGACGGGGAGACUUUGGUAGAGCAGGAAGCUGCAGAGCCGCCUGCUGAACAGGGUGUAGAUGCGUCACGAACUCCACGCCCCGGCUCUCCAUCACCUUCCCAAGACACGGCGAGCUCUGCGCCUGCAUCUUCUGUGACGAAGAAACCGGAGUAUGAGUUUCUGCUCUUCAACUACCUACUCCGUUUCGUACACCGAGAGGGGCGUAUCGGCGACUUCGCGCGUGCUGGCCUACUUUUCCUCAUGGACGUUGCCAUGUCUCCGACGGGAUCCCAAGGCCGUUCCACAGAUGGCGUACAACUCUCGUCUUCAACCUCUUCGCUGCAGGAUUCGUCGCAAUCAGACCCCGCAACAGAUGCAGCCCUCGCGUUGGCCGAAUAUAUCAUCGACGGAGACUUCUCUGAAGUGCUUGCCGCCGGUGUCUCUGCGGUAUACUCCCUCCUUCCCUCGAAGCUCGAGGUCCGACCUCCCGCGCCUGCAGAGAACGUGUCAGGCACUGCAAUGGUUCUGGGAAGCACUACCGCAGAGCUGUCAGCAGAGGAGAAGGAGAAGGAGGAGGAAGCCCGCGAGAAGACUCGUGCCAUGGGCGUCGAGGACGCGUCUAGUCCGGAGUUCAAGGCGCGUCUCGAUCAUUUCCUCAAGCUCCUCGAGUUCCUGCAGGAUGUGCUUCGACGAAACAUAGUUCGCGAAACCAGCGACGACAGCCUGGAUCCGUCCACACUUGUGGGCUUCGCGAUCGUUCAGUCUAUCUUGGACGCGAUCAGGAGGGUCUUCCUAGAGAACGUGCUAUACCCCUCAAUCCUGGAGUGCUCAGACGCAGACGGCAGUGCUGUCGCCGUCAUGUCCUAUAUCGACAUCAUGAUCCGCACGCUCCAAAAUGGACAGCUCGCCGACCUCCUUGUUGACUUCCUCAUGAGCGAAGACAACAACGAGCUUGCGCGGAGCCGCAUCAGGCACCAACAUCACAACACCCUUACCCUCAAUGGCAGUAUGCCACCUGUCACGCGUGCCCCGGCGAACGACAAGGAGAAGAAGCUGCGGCGACGGAGGAGCACAGCCAUGGUUCUCCUAGAGAUGGAAGCACCUGAUGCACGCCGACAAUCGGAGUACUUCACCUCGAUGGGCCGUUUCACGCUCAAAGAUUUGCUGCUGAGCAACCUACGAUCGAAGACUCAGCCUACGGCGACCGCUGCCCUACAACUACUCCAGUCCCUGCUGUUUCAAUAUUGCCAGCUCUGCGUGGACCGGCUGCUUGUGGUCAUCCGGGAUCCGUAUGCUACCAGCUUCCCGCAACCGGCCGCGUUGGAAGCGCUCACGCAGGAAAAGCCAACAGCUGCGCCCGCGGAGGACGAUGAGGAAAUGUUCGUCUAUCCUGGUGCCGACGAUGCAGGAUUAGCUCGCAGCGCUAGCCCGGCUCCAGACAACUCGAUGCUCUUCGUCCAGCCUGACACCACUUACUGGACGCACGAGCGCGAGAUGGGUCUGUAUCUGACCCUUGUCUCGCGUGUGGACCCAAACCACAACGAGGACGCCUUCAGCACAGGUUACGAGCACUACCUCCGGGACGCUCUGCUGUCCAUCGAGAGCUCGAUGUGCUUCCAGCAAGAUAUAGAUCCUGAGGUAAGGUCGAAGAUGAAGCACCGUCUGAACCCCAACGACCCCGUGCUCUCCUUGGUCCUGGAAGCGCUACGGAAGUUCUUCGCGAACACGCCAGAGAUGAACAUGGCACUGACAGGCGUCCUGGCGACCCUGGCGACAUGUCCCGAUCGCUCGCUCGCAGGCUGGCUGACGUUUGCGCCGAAGGACACCGACGCAGGGCCAAACGGGGCAAGUGCGGACAGUAACGUGUUCACGUACGGGGACGAUGGAGAUGACCGCUCAGUUGACUUCCGUAUUGAGGAGCGACUCGUAGCUGAGUCGCACUUCCUGCCCGCGUCCAGUAUCGAUGAUCAGUCACGACCAGUCGUACAUUCUGUCUUCCAUGGGCUCGUCUCGCAACUGGAGCGCUACCGGCAGAUGGUCCACAACUUUGACCAGUACCUGAUGGAGCGGAGGCAGGGCCUCCUAUUCAACGAGAAUCUCACGGACGCGCUCACUCUCGCCCUCGACUUCGAAGGAAACCCGGCACCGAAGUCGACAGCCACAUUAUCUGCUACAGGUACUGCGGUGCCGGAGCUCGUCGCACCCAGGCCAAAGCCAAAAGCCAAGUCUGCCUCGUCGACCCUCGUAUCGUUCCUCACGCCUAAGAAGAACAAGCCGUCCAAAACGCUCCUUUCUGAGCCGACCACGCCUCCGCGAGGUGCUGAUCGCGCUGUUGACGCGAGCCCAUUCGGGCCACACUACCAGAAGACGGGCGCGAUCGCCGUCGAGCCGUUCGCUGCACCUGCGCCGUCUUCGGGCCCAUGGACGCCGAAGAAGUCGCGUCGGUGGAAUGCAGACGAAGAAGACGUCUUUGGAUCGUCAACGCAAUGGGGUGAGAGCCGUUUCAAGGCGGAAGAGAGCGACGAGGAGGACGAGAGCGCGGAGGAGGAGAGGCUGGUGAAGCCGGCAAGCGUCACGCUGUCGAGACUACUGGACAAUGUGGUGAUCUUGGAAGAGUCGAUCAAGGAGCUCGUCGCAAUUAUUCAUGCGAGACGUAGCCUUGGAAUCGACUCGAUACGCUAUCUGUAG